GCGCGUCUUCGCACGAGCGCGACGGAGAUCCCCCGGCACCAUCUCACGCCGGCCCUCUCUGCAACGUAGUGGCCUCUUGUGGUGCAUCAUGGCAUCGAUGGCCACUCGCAGCCGCGCCCUCUCGACACCGCGGCCGCGGCCAACUCCAGUGAAUACUGAGACGCCCGCGGCAAAGAAGCGUCGAGCGCAGGGCGCGGAUGAUGUCCUCGACCCGCGCUGUGAGGAGCUGAUUGCGUCGCUUGCCAGCAUGCCUCCCGUGGGUCGGGCGCAGAGGUUUCGCUUAAGUGACGCCGUGCGGCACGUCGCGAUGGCAGACGGCCGGCGCCUCGAGAAGGUGGUGAUCAACUGCGGCGCGCCCACCUUGUACUCAAACGUCGAGGACACGGAGGACGUCGACACGUUCCGCUCGCUGUGCCGGAUCGUCGUCGGGCAGCAGCUCGCCGGCGCUGCCGCCAAAACCAUCUGGGCGCGGUUCGUCACGAGCCUCGGCGGCGACGCGAGCCUCAUCACGCCGGAGGCGGUGCUCGCGUCGGACAUGGAGGCCCUGCGCUCGAGCGCGGGCCUCUCGAACGCCAAGGCGCGCUCCAUCUUCGACCUGGCUGCUCACUACGAGCGCGGCGACCUCUCGGACGCGGUGCUCCUCGACCCGAGUCUCAGCGCGGCCGAGCUGUACGCCAAGCUGACAGCAGUCAAGGGCAUCGGACCUUGGUCCGCGCACAUGUAUCAGAUGUUCGGACUGCUGCAGCCCGACAUCUUCCCCACGGGCGACCUGGGCGUGCGGAACGGCAUCAAGGAGGCAUUUGGGCUGCGCGGUGCGGGCAAGAAUGGCGCGCUCGACGAGAAGCGCGACAAGGAGAAGCUCGAGGCGGCGAUGGCGCCGUUUGCGCCCUACCGAUCGCUGGCGGCGUGGUACAUGUGGCGCUGCGCGGACACGCCCUCCUUCUUGGAGUGACGUGCGAUUUUUGGGCGGUGAGCCGAGUGACGGCGCGUGCUCUCGCCACCCUUUGUUGCGAGAGCAGUCCCUGGCUGUCGAGCACGGUGCGUGGGAUGAAGGUGAAGCGCUCAUGUAAUGAGUGAAGUGACAGAUAGGUGUCUGAUACACAGUGGCUAGCCAGUACCGUUAUGUGGGCCGUAGUGCUGUCUGCAUCCGCUUCUCGGCUAUAUACACUCUACGCCUGUAAUUGUA